AAUUUGUUUUGAGUCCAGAAAUCGUGAAAAGUGAGAAUUUUUAACAUUCUUUAACUAUUUCAUGAUAGAAAUAGGAUAAAAGUGAUAAGGAUAAAGGUGGCUCAGGGCAAAUUCAAGGCUCAGGAAGCGAGGACCAUACUGAGGUAAAUCCUCACUGAAGAAAAAGAAGAGUAGAAGAAGGAGUAGGAGUCUGUUUUUUGCUGUGGAAUUACGCUAGAAGCUGCACGGAAAAUUGAAUUCCUACGCCCAAAGGUCGCUCGCUGGUGCUAAAAAGGAAAGACGGGAACCGCACGUAUGCGUUGCGGAAGUGAGUUCAUAAACGGCAUCGCAAAAGGUUAAGCAAUUCGCUGGCCCUCGUCGUCACAAGCAACAAAAGUGCGUGCGUGCGUGCGUGACGAAGUAGCCUACGAGCUUAUCGCGUGAAUAUCGUUCUCUUGAGGUUUGUGGCGAAACUGCAGAAAGAUACGCGUUCGCAUCGACGGGCAUUGAAUUUGUUGAGGAACAGAUCGAAAAGUGAGCAAAGCGCGCGCAACGGAGCGAUAGAAGCAUAAAAGAUGGAAGCCCUCAUACCGGUGGUGAACAAGCUGCAGGAUGUUUUCAAUACCGUUGGCUCGGACGCUAUCCAGCUCCCGCAGAUUGUCGUUCUUGGCAGUCAGAGUUCCGGAAAGAGUUCCGUCAUCGAGAGCCUGGUCGGCAAAACGUUCCUUCCUCGAGGGACGGGUAUCGUAACGCGCCGUCCUCUGGUCCUGCAGUUGGUUUACACACCGCUCGAUGACCGUGAACACCGUUCCGCUGAGCAUGGCACUGUUGCGGUCGAGGAAUGGGGCCGCUUCCUGCAUAUCAAGAACAAAGUGUUUACGGAUUUCAACGGCAUCCGGGAAGAGAUCGAGAACGAAACGGACCGGAUGGCCGGUGGUAACAAAGGUAUCUGCCCUGAGCCGAUCAACCUGAAAAUUUAUUCGACGAAGGUCGUCAACCUGACUCUGGUCGAUCUGCCCGGUAUUACGAAGGUACCGGUCGGUGAUCAACCGGAAGACAUCGAAGCGCAGAUCAAGGAUCUGGUGUUGAAGUACAUUGAAAACCCAAACUCGAUCAUACUGGCAGUCACGGCCGCCAACACCGAUAUGGCUACCAGUGAAGCGCUCAAAAUGGCCAAAGAUGUCGAUCCCGAUGGUCGGCGAACUUUGGCCGUACUGACGAAGCUCGAUCUGAUGGAUGCGGGUACGGAUGCGAUCGAUAUUCUGUGCGGUCGGGUUAUUCCAGUUAAGCUGGGCAUCAUUGGUGUGAUGAAUCGAUCGCAGCAGGACAUUAACGAUAAGAAAGCGAUCGAAGAUCAGCUACGAGAUGAGGCCGCCUACCUGCAGCGCAAGUACCCGACGUUGGCCACACGCAACGGUACUCCGUAUUUGGCCAAAACCUUGAACCGCCUGCUGAUGCACCACAUCCGCGACUGUUUGCCGGAUCUCAAGACGCGCGUUAAUGUGAUGGCCUCCCAGUUCCAGUCACUACUCAACUCGUACGGUGAGGAUGUCACCGACAAGAGCCAGUGUCUGCUGCAGAUCAUUACAAAGUUUGCCUCCGCUUACUGCUCCACGAUCGAGGGUACGUCGCGGAACAUUGAGACAACGGAGCUGUGCGGUGGUGCCCGGAUGUGUUACAUCUUUCACGAAACGUUCGGCAAAACGCUAGACUCCAUUCACCCGCUAACGGGCCUUACUAAGAUGGACAUUCUGACGGCGAUUCGCAAUGCGACCGGACCGCGACCGGCACUAUUCGUACCGGAGGUAAGCUUCGAGUUGCUGGUGAAACGUCAAAUCCGGCGGCUCGAAGAACCAUCGCUCCGUUGCGUCGAGCUGAUUCACGAGGAAAUGCAACGCAUUAUCCAGCACUGUGGUACCGAGGUGCAGCAGGAGAUGCUGCGCUUCCCGAAACUGCACGAGAAGAUUGUCGACGUGGUGACGCAGCUGCUGCGCCGUCGUCUACCCACCACAAACACGAUGGUCGAGAACCUCGUGCAGAUCGAGCUGGCAUACAUUAACACCAAGCAUCCGGACUUUCACAAAGAUGCGGCACUGGUACCGAGCCUCAUCAAGACGGAUUCGCAAGAUCCGUGGGCAACGACGCAUCAGUCCGGUAAUCCACCUAGCCGACGGCAGCGCCAGAUAACGCUCACCGAUAAGCUGGGUUUGGUCAACACGGCAGCAAAUCACGUUGGUGAACAGCUUUCGCUGCAGUCCAAUCAUCAGCAACCGUCUCAGCAACAGCAGCAGCAGCAGCAACAGAACCAUGUAACCGAGCCAACCGGAUGGCUGGGAAGCAUUCUGCCACCAAACACGGAAGCUAUGAUCGGUGGUGGUGCUGGUAAUGGUAUUGGUCCAGAAAGUGUCACCAGCACGGCAAGCAACACACCGACACAUGGUGUGCUUAGCCCCACCAAGCCGGUCAAUCUGCUGCCCGACGUGCCGAUUAACCAUUCAUCGCGCAAACUGACGGACAAAGAGCAGAAGGAUUGUGAUGUGAUCGAACGUUUGAUCAAAUCCUACUUCUAUAUCGUACGAAAAUCGAUCCAAGAUUCGGUCCCCAAGGCCGUAAUGCACUUUUUGGUCAAUUUCGUCAAGGACAACCUACAGUCGGAGCUGGUGACCCAUCUGUACAAGUCCGAUUCGGCCAACGAGCUGCUUAACGAAUCGGAUCACAUCUCCAUCCGCCGGAAGGAGGCAAGCGAUAUGUUGAAGGCACUAACCCGCGCCAAUCACAUCAUUAGCGAAAUUCGUGAGACGCACAUGUGGUAAGCAAAUAUCGGCGACACCAAAAACAUGCGGGAUUCAGGAUGCAGCCGCGGGGUAGAUCGUAUUCAGUCGUUCGUUUAUUGCCCUUUACUCGACGUUGAUAGAACGCAAUUAGUAGUGCAUCUCAGCUAGACCGUUAGAAAGUGAUCUUUGAUUGAACAUAGCAGAGCAGUAUUCAGCCGCUCGAUCAUGAUCACGAUGUCGGAUCGGUACUCCAAGUCGAACAAAUUCAUUCAAUUCAUGUGCGCCAUACUAUCGACUACCGACGCCGCCAACUACGAUGACGAUGAGAGCGGGAAGAAGAUGACUAUCCUUCAGCAACUCUCGAAGGGCAUGUUAAACUAGUUCAUUUCAAUCCAUACGAUGGCAAAACCAUGCAAUGCAUAAUAAGCGGAAUAGUAUCGACAUGUGUGUGUGUAUGUAUUUCAAAGCGCCGCAAGACGAGCGUGAUAACCAAAACAUAAACCAGAAGGAUAACGGUGAAAAAGGAAGGGGUUGCACCAAACAAAGACACAAGGAGAGAUAGCUAGAAGAUAGAACAUAGCAGAUGUGAUGCGUGAUAACCCGAAAAACAAAACAUGACUUUUACGUUUCAAAAUGCUGAUUUUGAGAUUUUUUUUUGCAUUUUUGUUCUUGCAUUAUUUAUACUCUUUUGUAGAAUGCUUUGUGUUGAACUCAAUAUCUCUUUCGUCCAAUGUGUGAGCGUAGUACUGUACUAUGCCUACUUGAUGGUAGAAUUUUCGAUUCGUUUUCCAACUUAAUUGGUCGCUUGAUUUUUAGCUUGGAAGAAUGGCGCGCCAGCUCGGUCAAGGAGAUGGUACAUUUUGUGGAAAACAUGACCGAAAUGCUGUCACUGCUCCAGUGCCACCAUCCGGAUGCUGAGAAGAGUAAAUCACUUGAUUCGUGAACCGAGGGUGGCGCAUGGUAUGCAUUUUGAGUAUCGCCACUGCUGCGCUGGAGGGCAUUUUGUUUUGGAUAUUUUACUUUGCUCACUUUAUGCGGUCACCGUUUGGCAAAUUAACACGCAACCCGAAAUCUCGCUUAACCUGCACAACCGAAAUGUCUAGUCAGGAAACGAAAUGUGUCGAUUCUGUUUUUGGAAAAAUGUUUACCAAUGUUCGAUUGAAUUCCCCAUAAAAUGCCGGUGCCAGAGACCCAUGUUAUCUGCCGGGAUCGGCGCUGUUCACAAAUAAAACAUAAUACCACUUAUUGUUGGUGCUGUUAAGCAUUUCCUAAGCAAAGAGGAAGGAGGAGAAGAGGACGGAUUAGCGGCGUCACACGUGUACUUCAAAUUCUUGCGCCUUUCUUCGUCGCUACCCGUACCGUAGUUCUGUAAGGAGCAUAGCUUAGCUUAAAGUAAUUUAAUAUUGCCGUGAGCUGUAAACUUCUCGACAGUAAUCAUAGAUAAACCAGUGAAAUGGAGGUGAGAAAAUCUCUCGAUUGUCUG